UAUUUCGGUAAUAGAAUUAGACAUGCGUAACGUAUCCAUCAUCUCCCCCCACCCCUCAAAGUCGGUACAUUGGAAUGGUCAGUUUAGGUUAUUGGCACAUGCCGCCCUUAUGGACUCUCAGCAUACAACCAUACAUUAGGCUAUUUAAAGAGCGUGCCAGGGCGAACAGAGUCAGUGUAGACUAUCUGCUCUAAUAUCUGAUUCGUAUUGGCUGCUGUGACUUGUUUGUGACGAUAGGUGUACAGAGAGAGCUGUGCUAUUCUUUUUUAUAUAAAACUCUUUUUUAUAUAAUAACUCAGUGAGAUUGACUCUAUUUUUCUUUGGUAAAUACUUACGAGCGAGUAUUACGUUCUCGAUAUGGAAUCAGCUGUGCGCCAAACCAUGACUGAAUUCUGGAAGGAGCAUUCUCAUGAAGCCACCGUCCAGGAAAUGAUGUUGGACUCCAACGCCCAGGAGCUGACCGAGCACGAGCUGCCCGAGAUCCUCUCUCUCCUGCCCAGCGUGGCCGACAAAGACAUCCUGGAGCUUGGAGCAGGCAUAGGACGAUACACGUGUCACCUCAUUGGUAAAGCCCAUCAUGUGACAGCUGUGGAUUUCAUGGAGAAGUUUGUGGAAAAGAACAGGGAGGACAACAGUCACCUUGGUAACGCUGACUUCCUCCAGGCCGACGUCACUCAACUUAAUUUCCCCCAAAACAGUUUCGACCUGAUCUUCUCUAACUGGCUGCUGAUGUACCUGAGCGAUGAGGAGCUGGGGAAACUGAUCGAGAAGAUGCUGGCCUGGCUCAGACCUGAAGGACAUCUCUUCUUCAGGGAGUCCUGCUUCCACCAGUCAGGGGACUGCAAAAGAGAUUUCAACCCCACACACUACCGCACUCCGGCCCUCUACAACCAUCUGAUGACAUCAGCACAGUGGCAGGGCGACAAAGGGGCCUUUGGCUUUGACAUUGUCCUGACCAAAACAGUGCAGACCUACGUCAAGAUGAAGAACAACAAGAACCAGGUGUGCUGGCUUCUGCAGAAGGCUCUGCGGGAGGGGACCCAGCAGGGGGGCUUCGGCACCUUCCAGCAGUUCCUGGACAACCAGCAGUACACGCGUCGAGGCAUCCUGCGCUACGAGAAGGUGUUCGGCGCCGGCUACGUCAGCACGGGAGGGCCCGGCACCACCAAGGAGUUUGUUGACCUUUUGAAUCUCACCCCUGGGCAAAAAGUUGUCGACGUUGGAUGUGGCAUAGGAGGAGGAGAUUUCUACAUGGCAAAGAACUUUGGCGUGGAGGUGUUGGGAAUGGAUCUGUCUGCAAACAUGGUGGAAAUUGCCUGUGAGCGAGCAGUGAAAGAGAAGCUGCCUAUGGUGCACUUUGAGGUAGCUGAUGCCACAAAAAGGGUUUUCCCUGAGGGCACUUUUGAUGUGGUGUAUAGCAGAGACACCAUUUUGCACAUCAGUGACAAACUGGACCUCUUCAAAAAUUUCAAUUCGUGGCUGAAGUGUGGUGGCAAGGUGCUGAUCAGUGACUACUGCUGUGGGGAGAAGCCCUGGAGCCCCCAGUUUGAGGACUACGUCAAACAGAGAGGAUACAUCCUCUACACGCCAAAGAGAUAUGGACAGUUCCUGGAGGAGGCAGGCUUUACCAACGUGCGCGCUGAGGACCGGACGGAGCAGUUUGUUCAGGUGAUCAAGAGCGAGCUGGAGAAAGCAGAGGUCAUGCGGGAGGAGUUUAUCCAGGAAUUCUCUAAAGAAGACUAUGAUGCUAUUGUGAAUGGCUGGACAGAAAAGCUGCAACGCUGUGAAUUAGGGGACCAGCGCUGGGGAUUAUUCUAUGCUACCAAAAAGUGAUAGGACCGAGAGAGAGUGAGUGAGAGAGAGAGAAAUGAUAAAGUGUGCUUAUGUGUUAGUGUGUGUGUGUGUGUGUGUGUGUGUGUGUGUGUGUGCGCGCGCGCGUGUGAGACUUAUGGACAGUGAGAGAGACUAGUUAUGAUGACAUGAUUUUGUCUCUGAGUGUACCCUAAAAGGCCAAUUAGCAUUUGUUUGUUUUUUUUCGACCAAAUGACUGUGAUGCAAUUAUUUUAUUAAAAUAUCAACUUUUGAACCCA